AUGGAAGAUUUCGAUAUAAAGACUGCUGCGACACUGGUGCAACUGUAUGACGGCAAUCCCGACAGCCUUGAAAAUUUUUUGGGUUCGGCAAACUUAUUAAAAAAGCUUUACCCAAAAGAUACUAAACAGAUAUUAGUAGAGUUCCUCAAAACACGAUUGACAGGAAAAGCACAAUUUGGGCUAGCCCCAAACAUUACCGACUUUGAAACCCUUAUUAACGAUGUAAAAGAACGGUGCCAAGAAAGAAUAAAUCCGGACAAACUAAUAGGAGAAUUAAAAUCAAUCCGCUAUACAGAUACCAAGUGCUUGUGUAAGGAAGUAGAAACACUUAGCACGAAACUAAAAAUAAUGUAUCUAAAACAAAGUAUUCCCGAAAAAGUCGCGAAUGAUAUGGCAAUUAAGCGAGGUGUUGAAACACUAAUUGAAAAAGUAAAGCAUGCCGAAACAAAAAUAAUAUUACAAGCAGGGCAGUAUUCUUCCAUAUUAGAUGCAACAGAAAAAGUGCUAGAAAGUGAGAGAAUCCACAGUUCAACACAAGUCCUCUCGUUUAGAGGAAACAAUUACAACACAAAUAGAAACCCAAGUAGAUACACAAGUAAUACUUACAACCACAGACAACAGUAUAGAGGCAAUAGUAACGGAUAUAGGCAAACACCCAAUAGAUAUCAACGGAAUAAUUUCUCUAAUCAAUCCAACAGACAAUUUUUCGGAAACACAAACAGAAAAAAUAAUAGAGUUUAUUCUGCACAAAACACAGAAGAAUAUAAUUUUUUAGAAGAAAGCCAGCAGCCUACAGACUGCCAAUCUUAG